AUGACGCUAUCACCCGUCAGCGCUGUGGUGUCGCUACUGUCGACGCCCUGCUACGAUUUGCUCCCUCCCUUCAUCAAGCCCUUCUUUGUCUCGCACGCUUUCAUUCCCAAUCCUGCCUCAAAGUCCAUCCCGCUAGGAGGAGCUCUCACGCCGCCCUUGACCUACUUUCUGGCGUUGUUCCUCCUCUCUAGUCCAGCUCCAAGCUUACCGACCAAGGUGCUCAGAGACGUGCUGGCGUUCAUCUCGGGGGUCACAUUCUUCCUGCUGCCCUAUCGGUAUUACGUCCCCGGCAGCGCUAUUUUCACCUAUCAGCUCGGCUUGAUAGGAUGCUUCGGCUCAGCCAGAGUCAUCGACAUCUUCUUCCUCUCUCGUCCGCGAGUCCCAAAGCGGAUCCAAAUUCCACAGAAGGGGGCGACUUCAGAAGGGACGAUCGAAGGCUACCUGCGCAAGCCAGAGCUGGGACAUGAAGAGGCGUCGCUCAAUGAGACGGAGCGGGAUGGACGCGUUUACCCCCAUACGGACAAUCUAGCUUGGAAGACUAGCCCGGUCCCCACCUCCUUCUUUGGCAGAAUAUGGUGGUCGGUGGACUUGAUGAUCUCCAUGAGGGGUAUCGGCUGGGACUUUGCCUCGGCAGACGUACGCCACGAUAUCAGUCCAUGGCAACCUCCCAGCCGUCGCCAGCUCAAGCGCGCAGCAUCGAUGAUCUUCCCAGCCUUUGCAGUAUCGGUCAUAAUGCACGAGUCGCAAGCCGACUUGCAGACGCGACCAUCGAUCAUCGACAUCCCGAUGGCGCUACGACCCGUGAUGGUUCUGGCUACGGGCAUCGCACUCUACACCCUUUUCGAUUGUGGCUACACCGUCGCAUCUGCUGUCCUCCUACCGCUGCUCAGGACCUCUGCAAAUCUGACAGACGUAAGUCUACACAAUGUAGAUUUCUUCCCACUGCUCAACCCACUCAAGCUCACGGAGAUUUGCUCCGUGAGGUCCUUCUGGUCAAAGGCAUGGCACAGGCUCUUUCAUCGAGCCUGGCUCGUCUUUGGCAUCUUGCCAGUGCAGAACCUCGCACUGUACUUUUUCCCAAAGGACAAUGCCAAGAUCCUUUCCCCCGCAUCGCACCCGGACCCUGGCAGGCUGUUGCCUAAGGGUACGCACGACUGGGCGAAAGUCUUGGGAGCGUUUGCUGCUAGUGGACUCGUGCACGGUAUCAGCGAGCGAGCCGCUUUGGGGGGUCGUAUCGCUUUGCCUGCAAAUAACCUUUGGCUUAAGGCCGGCUGGGGGACCACGCAUCGCGGUGCACCCGAUCUGGCCUCUACAGCGGGCCUUGCUGGCAGGGAAGAGCUGGGCGGGAAGCUGAGCGUGACAAGACUGGUGCCGCCUUUCAGUGGUGGCGGCGAGGCGACCUUCUUUGUGCUGAACGGAGUGGCUGUGUUAGUAGAAGGCGCAUUCAAUCUCUGGAUCAGGAAGCAGAGGAAGCGCAAGGCAGAGGCGAAGAGGCAGAACGACGAGGAGCUCGAACGUCCCUACGAUCGAUAUGUGGGAUUGGCAUGGGCGGUGGUGGUGCUAUUGUGGAGUGGAGAGGCAUUUGUCGAGGGGUGGAUCAAGAGUGGAAUCAUGGCAGAAUUGACCUUUGCGCCGCACUGA